CUUCCACGGGAACUUUUCUGAAUGAUUAAUGCAGCUUAGCAUGGGCGGCCCGGCAUCUGCACUUGCGCACUUGAGCAUUUGGAGCUUCCACUCCCUUUCUCAGCGCUUUAACUCCACUCCAUUCCAUUACCCCACUGACCCUGUCUGUCUAACCAAGCGAGAGAGAGAGAGAAGCUUCCAGUUUUCGUCUACACAGUGCAGCAGUUGACUGCAGGAGCAGCCAUCGUUACUGACCUUUGCACUUCCCGAUGCGCGGUGCUCUUGCCUCCCAUCUUGCUGUUUCCUUUCUGAAAUCCAGAGAAAAAGAGGACCGAACGAGGAAUCUGCAAGCUUCUUCCUUUGUCCAGAGUUUGAGAAUCCCGUGGUUGCUUCUUCCCUUUGUGAAUGGAGAAAAAUAAUGAUGAAGCAAAGGGAACAUCUCGGCACAACUCUCAUCCAAAGGUUCACAGCAAAAUGUGCAAUGAGUUGACUUUGAUGCUGGAUAAGGUUUCCUCUAUUCUUCCAUCAAUAGAAGCUGCUCAACCAGGAUGCAAAGCAGGUGUAGAGGAACUAUGCAACCUAUACAACAUAGUUGGCAAAGGGAAACUCAUAAUCCAGAAUUGCAUUGAAUGUAGCAGUCUUUACUUGGCUAUUACUAGUGAAGCGACUGCAAUGCGGUGUGAAAGGAUAAGGAACUCGUUGAGGCGGAGCUUGUUCCUAAUACAGAACAUGGUUGAACAAUUGUUAGCUAAUGAGGUGGCUGAUGUCCAUAACGAACUUCGAGAUCUGAAAUUCAUUGUUGAUCCAGCAGAAGAGGAUGCUGGAAAAGUCAUUCUGGAGAUGCUUCGGCAUUCUGAUGUAACCCAAGAAUUGGAGCUUCAGACUUUCCUUUUAGCAGCUUCGAAAUUGAACAUUACUUCACCUAAAGCUGUCCUAAUUGAAAGAAGAGCACUCAAGAAAUUACUUGCCAAGAUCAAUGGCACUGAUCAAAAAAAGGAAGGAAUCCUUAAGUACCUCCUAUAUCUAGUUAGGAAAUACGGGAAGAAUACCAAGCUAGGGACUAAUGGAAACAAUCAAAAUCUGAAUGUUGCAACUGAAGUUUUGAGUUUAGACUCAAUUGUUAAUGGCAUCAAUAUUACGGAAAGAUGCAAUUCAGCUGUAGAGUCAACCAAUAUGAGAUAUGAUGAUCAGAAUAGUUUGUCUGGAGCAGCCACACCACCUCUAGAGUUCUGCUGCCCAUUGUCUUUGAAGCUGAUGCAAGAUCCUGUGAUAAUAACAUCUGGACAAACAUAUGAAAGAGAAAAUAUCGAGAGAUGGUUCAGUGAGGGAUAUGAUACUUGUCCUAGGACACAUACGAAGUUAAAAAACUGCACGGUAACGCCAAAUACAUGCAUGAAGGCUGUUAUUCAUAACUGGUGCAAAGAUCAUGAGCUUGAAUCUACUUAUUUGCCUGAGCAAUUUCAGAAUUGUUAUUCUCUAUCAAGUUUGCACAAUGUCUCGGCACCUCUAAUUAUAGAAAAGAAUAGAGAUUACACAGUUGAUUAUAACAGUUCAUCUUUUGGACUAUCAGGUGCUAGUUAUAUAUCAUCCCCCAUGAGGGAAACAGAACAGUCAAAGACUAGUUUUGGUCAGUUUUAUUCUAAUGCCAAUUACCAGUUGUAUUUGUCCUUCUGCAACUUUGACAAGGCAAUGUUCUUGGUUUUCUUCCAUGAGCUGUCCGAGCUUCCCUUUGAACUUCAAAAAAAAGCUGUCAGAGAUUUGAAGACUCUUCUGAGAGGUGAAAAUCAAAUUUGGCAUUCUAUGGUCUGCAAUGGGUUUUUUGAAGCAUUCCAUGAAUUCCUUAAGAAUGACAGUGGAAUUCACACACUGCAAGCUCGAAGGGCUGGGAUUCAGUUUUUUCUUGCUUUCCUUUCUAGUGGCAGGGCUCGAAUUCCUUCAGUUUGUGAAGAUGUGGUACUUCUUUUUGCACCACUACUUGAUUCGGAGUUCAAACAGGAAGCUCUUCAGAUUGUACAUGAACUGCUUCAGGAACCAAGUUGUCGAAAAUCUAGUCUCAUGGCCUCUGUUUUUUCUCCUUUAGUGUUUGGAGCUCUGGACAGUGGAGAAACCAAGUGCCUGGACCUAGCUCUGCAGAUCAUCUGCAAGAUUUCAUCUGAUAAUGAUAUGAAAUCUUACCUUGUUUCCUCUGGAAUAGUCUUGAGGCUAUCUCCGCUCCUUUGUGAAGGCAAGAUGACAGAAUGCUGUUUGAAGAUUUUACGGAACUUGAGUGAAGUGAAAGAGACGGCAGGGUUUAUAAUCAGAACAGGCAAUUGCCUCAGCUCCAUUUCAGAUCAUCUGGACACUGGAAACCACAGCGAACGUGAACAUGCAGUGGUCAUCCUUCUAGCAGUAUGUUCCCAAAGUUCUGCAGUUUGUUCACUUGCCAUGAAGGAAGGCGUCAUCCCAGCCCUUGUAGACUUAUCAGUGAGUGGAACCAAGGUGUCAAGAGAUUGCUCAGUCAAGUUGCUUCAGAUUCUGAGGAACUUUAGGCAAUGCGACCAGUUCAGCAGUUCAUGUUCAAGCCAGGUAUCUGCUGAUCAUGCUUCAGAGAAGCCUCACAAUGAUUCAGUUUGCAAGCAGCCGAUAUCAAAGUCAGCCCGGUAUAUUUCAAGAAAGCUCAACGUUUUCUCGAAACCUCGGUCGCUGACCCUCGCUUGAGAAAAGGAAGUGAAACGUUGGAUCGAAUCGAGCCCUAUUCUGCAGUACUAACUGCCUGAUGUACAUAUAGGAGCAGGUAGCGUUUGCCCAGAUGAAAUGCUUGAGGGAGGCUUUUAAAAACUCACCAUGUAUUUCAAAAGAGUUUUUGUUUCUUUUUUUUUUUUGGGGGGGGGGGGGUUCCUUCACUUUGGCGCUACAAAAAAAAUACAUGUAUGCUGUAGAUGGUUCGAGCUGGAAAAUGUGUCCUUUUAUCAUGGCAUUGUCCUUGUUUAGGCCGUGUUUGGUUCACCCCUGACUAAAUUUUAGUCACUAAAAUGCUAAAUACUAGUGCAAGGCGCGCGCCCUCGCGCGCGUCAGUGGGCACACAGAAGUUUUUAAAUGCGAGUAAAACAUGUUGAAUA